CGACGCGCGCCAAACGCACGCGCAAGUUUAAACGUCGAACGCGACGCGCGACGUCCCGCUGUUAAGAUCACGUGGUAAUCAAUGUACUGCAGUGUUACGUGAUAAAAACAGUUGUUUUGAAUGGACCGUUUUCAGGUUUCAAUAAAAUUUUGCUUUUCAUUAAUGUAAAUUGUAUUGGAGAACAAAAUGAAGUUUUUGACACUAAUCUUAUGUGUUACUACAAGUAUGGUAGCAUCUAUCAGAGUUUCAUCUAAUGGCAACAGUCCAGAGAUUAAAAUGAUUGGAGGUAUGAUGGUAGAUAUUAAAAAAAAAUUUGUUCCUGUUGUGCCUAUAUCAAGAGAAAUAGCUACUAAUACUAAUUAUAAUAAAAGUCGAAGAUUGAAUGACAAUUCGACAAAGCUAUCUAUAAAUGAACGAUAUAGAAGAUUAAUACCAUACAUGACAUUUUACUACGCAAACGAUUUAGUAACAUCCACGCCUGAAACAUAUAACGAUAAAGACAUUGAAGUUGAAAAAGCAGAAAUUAUUGAAGCUACAACUGUGGGCCUUCCUCCAAAUGAUCGUCAGCCAAAGAAGAUUAUAUUUUCUUCUCAUAGAAAUAUUCCAAGAUAUCAAGGAAAUAGAUUAACACAAUAUAAUAUAGCCUCUGCAAAUCCUACAAAAAAUUUCUAUGAUGAAAUUGUUCCUAUAAAUCAAAAUACAGUUAGAGUAUUUCCAAAUUACAAUCCUUUUCUAUCAAGACGUCCAAAUACAUCAAAUAAUGAACACAAUUAUGAAAGUAUAGUGCGAAAACAGGUAAUUAAAGCGCCAAGUACUCCCUUUAUACCUCGUAAUAGGGCACCUUAUAUAAAUUUCUAUAACAACGAAGAGUCUCCAAAUAUAAGAUACUAUUUAAAUGAAAAGGAGCACACUCCUAGAUAUAAAUUAGUUCCUUAUGAGCAAACUCCACCUGUUACAGUUGUAUCCCCAAACGAAAAUUAUUAUAAUGGUUUCAAAAAACCUAUUCCUACGUUAGGUAUUAGAGAGCAAGUUUAUAUCAAACCAAAACCGAUCCAAUCGGAGCUUUAUUAUGAUAACGUUAAUAUUCAGCAAACGACUGCUAGAAAACAACCUUCACCGACAAUUUCAGAAAAUUAUUACGAAAAACGUCGUCCAAAUCCUAUGCUAGUUAAACCAAUCAUUGAAAAUGGUUUCAAACCUAUUACGAUUUCUCCAAUAGUUACUACAGAAGUUCCACGUUAUACGUCAAUACCAUCAGAAACACUUUUACCAUAUUUUGAAAGUACGAAAGAAUCAACUACGCCGGAACCAGUCGUGACUUCAACUACAAGUCCUGAUUUAUCAAAUUAUUAUCAGUAUAUGGUAGAAGAGGCUAAAUUUAAGCCACCAGCGGAACACGUAUCCUAUAAGCCCAUACUAGAACAACCAAUUUUCAAACAUGUACAAUAUCCGUCUUCUAAUGCGGUAACAUUAGGAGAUCUUAUAAAUUCAUUACAACUGAAUAAAUCUAUUCCGAAACCAAUAACAAGAGAAAAUGUAGGGGCGUCAAUACGAACAUUACUACAAAUCUUGAAUGCCUUAAGAGCGGUACCGAUAGAAAACGAUGUCGACUCAUCAGUUUUAAGUACACCGCAACCAAUCACGACCACAGAACAUGAAGCUACUGAGAAACCUUUAAUAGAAGUAACACCAAAGCCGACAUCUGAGGAAGAAGGUUAUCACGAAGAAGAAUAUUUAGCUCCUGUCAAAACACCAUCUCAAUAUUUAGAUGAAGUUCCAAUAAGUGGAGGUACUAGUCAGCAGUUUCCUCUGCCAAUCACAUCCGAUGACGAAGGCGGUACUCCAGGACGACCUGGGGUCGAUUAUCCUAUUCUGACGACAAUACCUCAUACCAGCUUCAAUUGUAAGACUCAACGUUAUAAGGGAUUCUUUGCGGAUACUGAAACGAGAUGUCAGGUAUGGCACUAUUGCGACCUGAAUGGUGGCCAAGCUUCAUUCCUGUGUCCGAAUGGAACAAUAUUCUCUCAGGCUGCGCUAACAUGUGACUGGUGGUUCAAUGUUCGAUGUUCUUCUACGGCACAGCUGUAUGUCCUUAAUGAGAGCCUUUACAAAUUUAUCCUGCCCCAUUCGCCUAAAUUCCCUGAAGACUACAGUGGACCUUUGGUCGAUAAAUAUUUGAGUCUGAAAUUCAAGGAGAUGGAAGAGCAGUUUAAAAAAAACAAGAAAAAACAGACCGCGUCAAAUAAGAUGGAUGCUGAUGAUUCAACAGAGUCCAACGACUCCAGUGAGAAGGAGGCGGGAAGCACAGCAACUGAACAAACUGGAGCAAGCGGAACAAGCGAUUUGAGCGCACCUAGUGUUAUUGUAGAAUCUCCUGGCAUGAGCGGUAAUGUGGAAAGAUUAACGGACUGAUCCAAGUUUCAAACUUUAUAAAUGUAGUCAUUCUAUUUAAUGAUAAAAUUAAUAGGUUACCUUUAAAUAAAAUAUCGAUAAGGGACAUAUUACACUACCAAAUAGCAUAUAAUCUAAAUCAAUUUACUAGGCCAGCAAUGAUGAGCAGCAUUAUAAAAUUUAGAAUGCGAUUCAAUAUUUUUUGCUUUUGCUUUAAUCUUUACUUUUUUAGUCAUAAAUACAGAGUAGAAAUGAAGAGUUGUCCCACAAGGAUAUUUCUAUUCAAUAUUUAUAAAACACUGUAAAAUUUUAUAAUGAUAUUAAUCAUUAGCAUCAUAAAUUGACUUAGACAUGAUCCUAAUUACUGGACAGUGUAAUAUGCCCUUACGAUAUCAAAUAGGUCCAAUAUGCUGUGAUAACAUGGAGUUCAUUUUCAAUGGAUACGUAGAUGGUUGCUAGGUGGUAUGCGUGAGUUGUGAACGUAUAAAAUGGCGUGAUUGAUCGUUUAAGGAACGCCUGAAGGUCGAAUUAUAAUUUUUAAUUUUGCCAUUUUAAUAAUCUAUUUUAAAGUUGUGUUCUCGUGUGAAUGAUACUUUUUUAAGGAAUUAAACUUGCCAUAGAUUGCCAUGUUUAAUUCGAUUAACUUAAUAAUAUGUUUAGACGUAAGGUGCAAAUACACAAUAUCUGUAUUUGUAAUAGGUACCUAAUUUUAAUUUUGGUUUGUCAGAAUGUAUUUAUUUGACAAUUGACAUUAUUUAAAGUGUAAUACUCAUAGUAAUUAAUUUGGAGCCUGUAAAUUAUUACCUUGACAAUAUUUUGCUGUUAAAUAUAAAUGUAAAAUAUUCUU